AUGGUGCCUUUACUCGAAUUCUCCACACUCUAUUUCAUUGUUUAUUUUUUCUGUUAUGGUGGUUCGUAUUCUACUAUAGAAGAAAGAUUGGCAAGGAAUGAAGGAAAACAGGAAUCAUCGUCAUUGCACUGUAAUUCUCGAGGGGGUGUUAGUUUUGUUGGGCAAGAUGCAUAUGAGGUGGGAGAUUGUUCAUAUAGAUACGAUGGGUCGGGCUCGAACCCGAGUUUGUUUACGGAAAAACGAGUUCUUGAUGCAUUUGAUGAUGAGUAUGGUGGUGUUGUUGUGAAUCCGGAGAAGCUACCGUUUGAGACUAAAGUGUUUGCGUCUAUCCUUCGGUCGUCUGUUUCGGUUUGGAGGACAGAGGGUAAGAAAGGAAUUUGGCUAAAGUUGCCUGUAGAAAAAUGUGAUCUUGUUCCUAUAGCAGUAAGGGAAGGGUUUCAAUACCAUCACGCGGAAACAGGAUACGUUAUGAUGACAUAUUGGAUUCCUAAUGAACCAUGUAUGUUUCCUGCCAAUGCUUCCCAUCAAGUAGGAGUCGGUGGUUUCGUGAUCAAUGACAAGAAUGAGGUUCUUGUGGUUCAAGAGAAACAUUGUGCACCCGAGCUUGUCGGGCUUCGGAAGCUACCAACGGGCUUCAUUCUUGAGUCGGAGGAGAUUUUCACAGGAGCUAUAAGAGAAGUGAAAGAGGAAACUGGGAUUGAUACCGAAUUCUUGGAAGUUAUAGCUUUUAGGCACGCGCACAAUGUGGCUUUUGAAAAAUCGGACCUGUUUUUCAUCUGCAUGUUGAGACCAGUUUCAAGUGAGAUCAAGACCGAUGAUCUUGAAGUUCAAGCAGCCAAGUGGAUGGCGUUGACGGAGUUUGUUGAACAACCGUUAAUCAAAGGAGACAACAUGUUCAAGAAGAUCAUAGACAUGUGCAUUGCUAGGAUCGGGAAGCGCUACUGUGGAUUAGCUGUUCAUAAAGUCGUUUCCAAGUUUGACAACAGACUAUCUUCCUUGUAUUAUAACGUUGUUGACGAUCAAAAGUUUCUAAGAUACGGAAACCAUUGCUUUAAUGAUUGGCUGGAAACAGAGGGCUCUAUUAUUCAUCCUGUUAUUCCUCUGUCAAGUGAAAAAGUGAAUGAGCAUGAAAUCUAUCUUCUUGAAAAUGGUGAGGAUUGUUUGAUAUAUAUCGGAAGCACUGCGGAUCCUGAUACAAUGAGGAAACUGUUUGGCAUGAAAAUAGUCAGAGGCCUGGAUUUUAAUAGUGCAGAUUCAAUAGAUCAAGUCCACGGCAUCGGAGAUUGUGGAAUAGUGAAAAAUCACCGCCUUCCACCUCCCACCACCAACACCCACCGCCGCCACAUCCCAGAUCGAAGAUUCAACGGAACAACGUGUGUUUCCGGCGAAAGAGAAAGGGGUUGUCGGCCUGCUUCCGGCGAACUCCGAUCGACGAUGGCAAACCCAGAUCGAAGAUUCAACGGAACAACGUGGUUUGGUGACGUUCACAUUAUUUGUCCGGAUCUUGUUGUUGAUCAGAAUUCAGUUGGGCGCUGA